UAAUAUUACUGGUGGAACUUGACUCGUUCCUUCUUUAAUAUAAAGAAUUUUCCAGACAGAAGGUUGUUGCUGAACGAAGACGAGUAUCGCGGCACAUUUUAGACGAACGCGGCACGCCGAUAGACACAGAUACGAAGGGAAAGGCAGGACCCCCAAUCCUGACCGGAUUAUCCCUCGAUUUUCAUAUGCCUAAACCCAGGGUUGAGGUUGAAGUUUACAUUCAGUCUGAAAGCACGUAAGCCUUUCUUUUCCUGCUUUCGAAAUUCAACAUGACGUGGCAUGAGUGGGACAACAAUAUCCCUGAAGGUGACCAACCCGACAAAGAUUCCUAUCUCAACUUCGAUUUCUUCUCUGCUCUGUCCAAGCCCAAGGAUUAUUAUAAGAUUCUGGAGGUGGAUUAUGAUUCUACGGACGACGCUAUUCGUUCUAAUUACAUCCGUCUAGCUCUGAAAUGGCAUCCGGACAAGCAGAAAGACCAAGAUGCCGCAACCUCACGAUUCCAAGAGAUAAACGAGGCUUAUCAGGUCUUGAGUGAUCCUGCCAAAAGGAGAGAGUAUGACAAAAACGGGAUGUUUUAUGUCUACGAUUGCAAUCUCAUGGAUUAUCUUAAUCGUUACAAGAGCCUUAUAUUGACGUGUAAUGGCCUUGGGAUGAAGCAAUUCAUCUGGUAAGCCAAAUUAACAGCAUGGAAAUCCUCCCAAUGCAUCUGGGACAAUUUUUUUGGGUACCUGUCUCUGCAUGCCAUGCUCGGGAAUGAAGGAGACAUGCUUUUGAUGUACUAGGAGGGCUUAUUUCAUGCUUCUGUAUAAAAAAAGUAGAUACGAAUUGGUUGCCACAACAUUUAAGGGUCACUUUACCUGCUGUCAAAUGGAUGUGUUUCUUUCUUGUGGCUUAGUUUGUUAAUGGAUAUCUGAAUUCACUCUG